AGUAAAGCCCAAGAAACACUAUAAUUGGGACCUAGACCCAAGCCGAAACUCGAAAGUGCAAGUUCCCGAAUUAGAGACCCAUAAGCAAGCUCUGCGAAAACGUCGAUCGGUAACUUGGUCAGAUCGUCAAUGGAGUCGUCCUCGUUGUCAUCUGAAGCUUCUUUCUCUCCAUGGGAUUAUCUUAGUCUGUUCCUUCUACGCCCAGUCUCUGCAGUCUUAUUCGUUUUCUUAUUAAUUUCUUUAGGUUGGUUGUUGGCGUGGAAGCUAGUGCUGGUUCACGUUCCUCUGGUUCAAGAAAUUUUCGGUUUGCGAAAGAAACCCGUCAAGCCAAAACCCUUAACUCGUCGGCUAUCGAAAAUUUACAGUAACAUUGAUUCCCGAAAGAAUGCUUCUGGAUGUAUUUGUCAGGAUCAGAUACGCCUUUUGAGGAUCUUAGUAGAAGGGUUUGUGCUACUCAUUUUGCCAAUUCAGAGUGAGCUGAUUAUUAUCAAAAGGAAGAGCAAACUUCAAGAACUUGUGCAUAAGGGAUAACAGGACUGUGGAAUAGCAUGACAACUGCUUGAUCGCAGGGUGAAUGACUUGAUGUUUGGUGUACAUAAUUUUGUUGAUUUCUUGAAACCAUUAUGUAAAAGGUUACUUUGCUACAAAACCCAUCAAUUAUUCACCUUUGAUGGUAAUUUUUUUUUUUUCUUUUUUCUUUUGAUUUUUCCCAUCUCCCCCUACUCCAACUUAGCUCGAUGUCAAACUUGUAAUCUAGGAUACCACCUUACAUUUUCAUUCGAAACUAACUAUCCUGCCAUAUUUGGGAAUUGAUCUUAGCUUUUCCCUUC